AUGGUUGACAUAUUGGGCUUGUUUGGGACAAACACAGACAGCUCGCCGAAGCCUGGCGAUGAGCACUGUGAGCUUGGAGAAAACGUUUCCUCUUUGCCUCCCGAAGAAUACUACGGCCCCGUCGAAUACAAACGCCAGUUAACAUCAGUAAAGCCCGAAAGACUGACUCAUUUGGCAACGCAAAUGCAAUUUCGGCUUACUGAAGGCAAUGGCGAAUGCAGAUACAUUAUUGGUGUAAACGAUGACGGCUCUUUCUUCGGCUUGGGAAAGAAUCAACUUAACGAGACCUUAAAGACUCUCAAUUCUAUGGCUAAGCAGCUUUCAGCAGAAACUACUGUCAUCCGAAAGCGUGAAAUUUCAAAAGACAAGUUUGUGAUGGAACUUCUAGUUCGACAAACGAAUGAAGACUCGACGAACAUGGACCAGCGAAUUGCUGUUCUAGGGAACGUAGACGCUGGCAAGAGUACUUUGGUUGGCGUUCUCGUAAACGACGAGCUUGACAACGGACGUGGCCGUAGCCGGCUUCAGAUGUUCCGGCAUCCACAUGAGAUGGAAAGUGGGCGGACUAGUUCCAUAUCCAUUGACUUGCUAAUGUUUGACCAAAACGGAAACAUCACCGAAGAUCAGUCAUCUGCAGCUAAAAACUUCGAAAUAUGGGACCUGGCGGGCGACUCGAAAUAUAUGAAGACGACGCUUUACGGGCUAACCUCUAGUAAGCCCGGCUACGUGAUUCUCAUAGUUUCCGCCAACAAAGGCAUCCAGGGAACAACAGCUGAGCAACUUUACGCAGCUUACGCCCUUGCCUUACCGGUGAUAGUUGUUGUCACAAAAAUCGACCUUGUGGCACCUGAAGGGGUUUCAGCACAAAUCUCAAAAAUCGAAGAAUUUUUAUCCGAGCUACCAUUCAAUUAUGUGCCCGUUCUCGCCGACUCCACCUCAAAAUCGUCAAAUUUGGCGAACGCUAUCUCUGAAAACACAAAACUAGUGCCCAUUUUCACUACCUCGUCUGUCACUGGUGCAGGCCUCGAGCUUCUUCGAAAAUUCAUCUACCUCCUUCCAACUAGAGCAGAAGACUAUCAAUGCGGCAAAGAUUGCGAAUUCCUCGUGUCGCGUUACUACCAGCACGAAGACUUCCACAAUAAUGAAACUGAUUACUUCGUUGUUGAAGGGCGACUUCAAUCGGGAAUCAUUUUGAAAGGCGACGAACUUAAGAUCGGUCCAGAUGAUCGAGGUCGUUUCCAUUCUUGCUCUGUGCUCUCGAUCAAACAAAACAAUGUGACGAAGCAACGGCUUGGUGCUGGACACCUCGCCACUGUUAAACUGCGUUGCAAAGAAAAACUCGUUCUCCGCAAGGGCCUACAUCUUGUUCAUAAUGUGCCCGAAGUUUCUCUUCACUUCGUCGCAGAGUGCGCCAUCUUCUCAAUCUCAAAGAAACCGAAGCUUCGGAACAUUCGAGUCGGUCAACUGAUGACCGCGCACGUCGGCAACGUGCGCCAAACUGUCCGAGUAGAAGCCAUUUUCAUAAACGACGAGCGCAUUCCUGAAGUCUGUCCUAGCGAGAGCCAGUCUCCGGGAAGGGUCCACUCUUAG